CCAGGAGAAAAUGCUGUGCUGGAAACCAAGUAAGAAGAAGUAGUCAACUAAGUUGGACUUGGAAAAAUUGUUAACUUCAACAAGGGCACAUUUAAUGGAAUGUUGAUGUCCAAAGCCAGAUCGGAUGAAUUUAAAAUAGACAUAGCACUUUUGGCUCCCUGGUUGUCAGCAAGAACCAAGCGCCUUAUGAAAGGCAGCAAAAAAGGAGCCAAGAAGAAAGUGGUUGAUCCAUUUUCAAAGAAAGGUUGGUGUGAUGUAAAAGUGCCAGCUAUGUUUAAUAUAAGAAAUAUCAGAAACACACUAGUCACAAGAACUCAAGCAACCAAAAUCGCAUCCGAUGACCCUAAGGGUCAUGUUUUCAAAGUGAGCCUUGCUGAUCUGCAGAAUGAUGAAGUUGCAUUUAGAAAGUUCAAGCUAAUUACUGAAGAUGUUCAAGGCAAAAACUCUAAUUUCUGUGGCAUGGAUCUUACCCAUGACAGAAUGUGUUCCAUGGUCAAAAAAUGUCAGAUCAUGAUUGAAGCUCCUGUUAAUGUCAAGACUACCAAUGGUUAUUUGCUUCAUCUCUUUUGUGUUGCUUUUACUACUAAACGCAACAUUCAGAUUUGGAAGACCUGUUAUGCUCACCACCAGCAAAUCCACCAAAUUUGGAAAAAAUUGAUGGAAAUCAUGACCCAAGAGGUGCAGACAAAUGACCUGAAAAAAGUGGUCAAUAAAUUGAUUCCAGACAGCAUCGGGAAUGACAUAGAAAAGAUUUGUCAGUCUAUUUAUCCACUCCAUGAUGUCUUCAUUAGAAAAGUAAAAAUGCUGACAAAACCUAACUUUGAACUGGGAAAGCUCAUGGAGCUUCAUGAUGAAGGUAGUAGUUCUGGAAAAGCUACUGGGAGUGAGACUGGUGCUAAAGUUGAACAAGCUGAUGGAUAUGAGCCACCAGCCCAAGAAUCUGUUUAA